UUCGUUUUUUUUGUGUCUACUGCUGAGAGGAACUUCAUUUAAUACAAAAAAAAAAAGAAUAAAAGACUCAAAAAAAAAACUAGAAAGUGUUUUUUUUAGAAGAAAAAUUAUUCAGUAUUCUGUGCAUAUUUUACAACAAAUAAUACAAGUGGAAUUAUUAAAAUCCACCCGUAAUCGAUUUUCAAGUAGCAGCCUCUUCAGGCAUCGUAAUAAAUAAUAAAUGUCUGAAUUGCAGUCAUCCCUUUUGCUUAAAAAGCAAUUAGGAGAAUUAAAUAAGAAUCCUGUUGAAGGAUUCUCAGCUGGUCUUAUUGAUGACUGUGAUAUAUUUCGAUGGGAAGUUCUUAUAAUCGGUCCACCGGACACACUUUAUGAAGGAGGUUUCUUCAAAGCUCAUCUGCAUUUCCCUAAAGAAUAUCCACUAAGGCCACCACGUAUGAAGUUCGUCACAGAGAUCUGGCAUCCAAAUAUUGAAAAGAACGGUGAUGUUUGCAUUAGUAUUCUUCACGAGCCCGGUGAUGAUAAAUGGGGUUAUGAAAAGGCAUCGGAACGCUGGCUGCCCGUACACACGGUGGAAACAAUUUUGAUAUCGGUGAUAUCAAUGCUAGCCGACCCCAACGAUGAGUCACCGGCCAAUGUUGAUGCAGCCAAGGAAUGGAGAGAGUCUUAUCCAGAAUUUAAACGUAAAGUAGCUCGUUGUGUCCGAAAAAGUCAAGAGGAAUGCUCGUAGAAUUUUUUGUAUCUAUAUAAAUUUAAAAGAAAUUAUUUAACUGAUUUUUUGCUGUUUACUUUAUUAAAGAAAUUGUAAACAAACAAAAACGUAAAUGAUAAAACAACAACAAAAA